ACAGCGCCCUCUAUAAAUACCCCGCCGGGCGCUGACGACAAGCGGCGCGUCUUCCAAGCGUGCCCGCUGACCGCGGGUGUGUGUCACAGCGCCACCUGCUGACCCUUCCCCGCCAUAACGAGCUGAGCUCCCUCUCUCCCAGGGCUCUGCAUGGCCGCGCACGAGAGCAGCUCCAACACCCAGGCCACCAACCACAACAGCUGGGACGGCAGCGCCGACUUCGGCAUCUUCCAGAUCAACAGCCCCUACUGGUGCCGGAACGGGGACGAGGGCGGCUCCGACGUCUGCCAAAUACCCUGCAGCGACUUGCUGAGCAGCAAUCUCUCAGCGGACGUUGAAUGCACUAAGAUCAUUGCCCAGGACUCCAACGGCAUGAGCGCCUGGGUGGCCUGGACGUCGUAUGGCCAAGGCCAGGAUCUGUGGCAGUAUGUAGAAGGAUGCGGCGUGUGAGAGCUGCACCGGGUUCCGGUUCCGUCCCGCCUUGAGUUCUCCUAGCCCUGGCUCGACGCCUUUCCCCAGAUCUUUCCAAACACAGUCACCCCCCCAAAUCCAAGACCCAGCGUCCAGUUGCUCAGAUUCCUGGACCAUCACAACAGGGGAAAUGGGGU